GCGCCUGCUCUCCACUAUAUAAGACUGAGCGCGCCAAGAGUCAGCCAUGAAACACAUCAGGACACCACACGAAGAAGAAGAAGAAGAAGGGCCCCUAUCCACCUAACUACCCCAUCAGACAUAAAGGCCACUGAAACGUAAAGGAUGGAACACACUCACUCUCUGGCUGGACUCCUGCUCCUCAUCAUCAUCCAAAGCAGCUGGCAGGUGCCUAACCACGACACAAACUCAAUGCUUUUAAGUGACGACCCCGUUUCGAGUGAACCUCUCGAGCUGUCGAACAUGAAAAGACAUUCAGAGGGAACAUUUUCCAACGACUACAGCAAAUACUUGGAAACGAGAAGAGCUCAAGACUUUGUCCAGUGGCUCAAGAACUCGAAAAGAAACGGAAGUGUAAUUCGGCGCCACGCAGACGGCACCUACACCAGCGACAUGAGCUCCUACCUGCAGGACCAGGCAGCCAAGGAGUUUGUGAGCUGGCUCAAGGCCGGCCGAGGCAGACGACAGUAGACGUGGACGCGCGACCUCCCCCCGUCAUCACUCUGCGGCCCUACAACUGACUGUGCAAUCAUUAAAUGUUUCACAAAGUGUACCAUCCUUUUCCCUUGGUCUUCUUAUCAUCAUCAUAAUCAUGAUCAUCAUUAUGUUAAGAUCAGGUGCUUCAGUAAGGAGUGAACCCUGUGAAUGAAAUGCUUCUUUCAUGCUCACAUUAAUUUGAAUGGGAAUGUUACAAUCAAACAUUUUAUCUACCACUUCUCAAAAAGUGCAAUAUAUAGUAUGGGUAUUUGAUAUAAUCUGUAUAAAUUGCAAUAUAAAG